CACGUUUCUUCUUCUUCUCCUUUUUCAUUUGUUGUUGUUGUUUUAUCUGACACGGAGGCGCUCGAGCGACUCACACAACGUAAAGAGGGGGAGAAAAAAGGCGUAAUUGUUGACGUCGACGACCACUCGUCGGCCGCUUUUUUUUGUCGUUUAAGGAAGACUGACGGUUGCAUCCAGUCCGAGGCUCGAGCUGUGGAUGCAUUUGUCACAGAAUAACCGGAGAAGGCCUGCCAGCAGCAUGGGCCAGCAUCUCGGAAAGAGGGAGUCACCCACGGGCAGCCAGGCUCCGUCACCUGAACCGUCACCUGAAGCCGAAGCAGUGCAGACCGCGGCGGCAGAAGAACCCGAUCCACAAGACGAAGUCUUCAGCCCGGGUGAGGCAGAUGCCAGCCAGAACAAUGGCUGCGUCUCGGAGAAGCCGGCGGUGACUGACUCCACGGGCGCUGCCGAGGGCCCCCGCCAGCCCUGGCCCGCACCCAGCACGGCUGACCCCGACCCUGACGAAGCCACGCCACGCCCCCACCUGGCCCGCCUCUUCUCCCGAGAUGCCCCGGGCCGGGAGGACAACACCUUCAAAGAGCGGCCCUCCGAAUCCGACGAGCUACAGACCAUCCAGGAACACAGCGGAGCGGCUUCAGAGUGCGGGUCGGACAGCACCGAACAGGAACUAGACUAGCUCUUUACUCCC